UGUCACCGAAACACUCAGCAGGUAUUAUUAAACAACUCCUCGCGGGAUUUAUGCAACGCCCGCGCUGCAUACAACGAUUGCUCCGCCACCUAGCCGCUCUUACUAACCUGGGUCACUUCCCUCCUGCAUCCACAUUUCCAGCCCCUAUCAGCCGUAGUGUGAGCAGCAACACCAUGUCAAACGGGGAGCCACAAGCCAAGAAGCACAAGCCAGACCCUGAUAGCCUGGACAUCCACCGCAGGCUAGAGAAGGCCAGGCGUGAUGAAGCAGAAAGCAUCUUGGACUUCAAAUUCAACAAAAAGCGUGUGGAGAUGCUCAGCAAGGCAGAUGAGGUACCAGACUGUGAUGGCAUUGUCUACUGGAUGUGCCGAGACCAGAGAGUGCAAGACAAUUGGGCAAUGCUCUUUGCACAGAGGCUAGCCCUCAAGUACAAAGUGUCUCUUCGUGUGGUUUUUUGCCUUGUACCAAAGUUUUUGGAUGCCACUAUUCGUCACUACCACUUUAUGCUAAAAGGGCUGGAGGAGGUGGAAAGUGAGUGUCAGAAGUUGGAUAUUUCUUUCAACCUGCUGCUUGGGGAGCCUGUGGAUGUGCUGCCUGACUUCAUCAAGAGCCACAACAUUGGAGGUCUUGUCACAGACUUCUCACCAUUGCGUGUGCCUCGUCGUUGGCUCAAGGAAGUAAAAAAAAACAUUCCACAAAAUAUACCAAUGUGUCAGGUGGAUGCCCACAACAUAGUGCCAUGCAAAAAAGCUUCUGAUAAACAAGAAUAUUCUGCCAAAACUAUCCGUAAAAAGAUCCAUGACAAACUCUCUGACUUUCUCACCCAAUUCCCUCCUGUUAUUAAACAUCCCUAUAAGAGCAAGGAAGAGAAUGAGGCUGUGGACUGGGAGGCAGCUGAGAAGAGCCUGGAGGUGGAUCGGACAGUGAAGUCUGUAGAGUGGGCUGUGCCAGGGACGAAAGCUGGCCUUGACACCCUCAAUGAAUUCUGCCUGAAACGCCUCAGAAAAUAUGCCACUCAGCGGAAUGACCCCAAUGUCAAUGCUCUCAGUAAUCUCUCUCCUUGGCUUCAUUUUGGACAAGUAUCAGCCCAGAGGUGUGUGCUGGAGGUUAAAAGAUAUAAGAAGCAGCUGAAGGAAGGUGUGGAUGGAUUUGUGGAAGAGGCUGUGGUGCGGCGGGAACUAGCUGACAACUAUUGCUACUAUCAGGAGAAUUAUGAUCGCAUUGAAGGCGCCUACCAAUGGGCUAUCACUACCCUUAAUAAUCACAAGAAGGACCCUCGUCCAUACCUCUACUCCCUUGAAACCUUGAUGGAGGCCCGGACCCACGAUGAAUUAUGGAACUCAGCUCAGAUUCAGUUAGUGAAGGAGGGUAAGAUACAUGGCUUCAUGCGCAUGUAUUGGGCCAAGAAAAUCCUGGAAUGGACAGCUUCUCCAGAGACAGCACUUGAGACUGCAAUUUACCUCAAUGACCGUUUCAGCUUGGAUGGCCGGGAUCCCAAUGGAUAUGUAGGCUGCAUGUGGUCUAUCUGUGGGAUCCACGACCAGGGCUGGGGUGAACGUGAUGUAUUCGGCAAGAUUCGUUAUAUGAACUACGAUGGUUGCAAGAGGAAGUUCAAAAUUGAUGGUUAUGUUUCUCGUUAUGGUGGUAAAAAACAUAAAUAUAUUCCACCAAGCAAAUAGAUAAGAGACAAAGGGAAAUAGAGAAAGGAAAGCAACUAAUAUCAAAUGACUGUUACAAUAUAUAAAUACUGAUUGAAAAUUUUUAUUAUGCAAUAAGUUAAGGUUCACAGUUGGUGGUUUACUAUGCCAUGUUAGUUGCAUGUUAGUUCAUAUAAAAUAUGAAAGGUUAGGAUGUCCUGUGCUGACAUAGAGUCCAUCACUUUGACAGAAGGUUAUAUCUGGUGAAUAUGAAUUGUGCUCGCUAAUUUAUUUCUUUUGAUCUGAAGAUCCCCAAAAAAUGCAAUUAAUGAAAUAUUCUAAUUUUAGAUUUCUUGAUACAUAGUACAUUUAUGAUUCCAGAUUUUUUUCCUACAUAGGCAGCUAAGAUAUAUUCAAUAUAGAUUUCAAACUCACUGUUACAUAAUAGCAGUGGCAUGAAAUAUACCAAGCAACAUAUAGAAUUUCAUGUUGUCCAAAGUACCUGAUUAAGUAUUAAGUGUAAUCCUGAGAGUUAUUCACUAAAUGUUCUCAAGAGUAUCUUCUUAGUGAUGCUUACUAUACUAUACGUGUUCAUUGGUGAAAUUUCAUCAUAUUAAAUAUUAAGUAUAAAUUAGUGGUAUAGUAAUGUAGUAAAUGAUGUAAAGCAUAUAACUCAGGUCACUGAUGUUGUUCAUGCAUGUUAUUGUGUACUAUACAUGCUAGUACUGCACUGUACAAAUGCAUAUUGUUUUCUUUUAUUUUCCACAACAGAUUGACAACCCCACUUUUAAAGAUGGGCAUAGCAAAAAUUAUGCAUUGCAAGAAUGGGUAUAACUAAGAUAAUGCAUUGCAAGAAUAAAGAUACAGAGGGUGGGAGGGUUCUCAUUUCUCUAGUUAAGUCCCUUCACUCACCUUUUAUGACAAGGAAUACAAUGGCAUAGUUGACUCAUCAGUAUUCCAUUUUUCUUGUUACCUAAUGUCUUAUUUUGAUUUCCCUUGAAGGGAUAGUCAGUAUUUCCACAGAAGUAUAGAGCCAGUUGUAAAAUAUUGAAACAAAAAUAAUAUUGAUGAUACAGAUGUCUGCAAUGUUUGUUCCCCUACAUAAUAUUGGAUAUAAUAAUGGUGUGAGGAGCCCUCCUGGAUGCACUCUGUGUAGCCAAACUGUAAGAGUACUGUCAUUGUAUUACUGUGUUGUAAAAGAACUGAUACAAUGGAGGAAAGGGACUAGGAACUGCCUCCUCUCAAUCUUUAUUAGUACUGUAGUGAGGUAAGAUACAAUGUUUUACUUAAGUAUUUGGGAUCAUUUUUACUUAUCAAAUGUAGAUAAAACAAAAAAAGCAAAACAAAUGAAUGAGCUGUACUCUUGCAUUUAGAAGAACAAGAUUUUGUUACUUGUAUUUCAAAGUACCUAUGGAUUUUGUGUUAAUGUGUUUUUUUUUUUUUUUUAUUGGUUUUAGCAUUGUCAUGUUUGUUAUAUUCUGAAUAGAAUCACCCAGAUCAAUAUGUUAAUGAUGUUAUCCUGCUUUUACUUUAGGUUAGAGCAGGACUAAUGUUAAGCUUUAUGUAAAAUAUGUACUACCCAGUACUCUAUAAAUUGACAAAAGUUCUUAUUUUUUGCCAGUUCACUCUAAAGUGGUCAAAAUUUAUCAUAGUAAUUAAAACCAUAAUAUAUUCUUUGGCAUUUGUAUAUUUUUAUGUCAAGCAGGAAAGAAUGUCCUUAAUUGUAAGGAACAUAUUGAUAAUAUUGUAAUACCUUGAGUUGUUAAAGAGAUGUCAAACUUUUAAAUUAUAAGGACUAUAGAAAGGUUCUCAUUGUAAUUCCAAUUAUUUAUUCCAUAAGAAUGAGUAAAAAUUUGAAACGUA